CUGGAUUUUGUAGAAAUAAAUGAGUCGGUGGCUGUUUGGGAUUUCCAUACGGACCCUGAACGCGGCGCGUGGCCUGCUGCAAACUGUGUUGUGGCUACACGGAUCAUCACUGGCUACAAGGGCGGGCCUUUACAGAGCCGCCGCUACAGGGAUACCAAGAUGGAAAUCCAGGGGCUCUCUGAUGCCCAAAACAUUCACUCUCAACAUGGCGCCCUACACGGCACCACCUCGUCUCCGCUUCGAUCGUUGUCGGAGUCCUUAAGUCGUUUUAUUUCUUCGGAGAGCGACGCUGAAAGACAACCGGACCCGUCGGAGUCUCAAAGUGACAACAACAACAACGCCAGGCCGAAGACAUCAGCCUUUCGCCCGCCGGCGGAAAAUGGCAGCGAUGUCGCGCGCUCGCCUGUCAACAAACCCCAAUCGACCAGCAUUGCCAAUAUGCCCGAAGAAAGAGCUGUUUUGGGACUUCAUAACGUAGACGCAGAUAAAGACAAUGACCUCAGCGCACUGUUAGGCUCGCAGGAGUUUGUCAGAGCUGCCUGGAAGUACGAAGAAAGCAGCGACUCUAUAAUGCAAAUGGCGCUGCCUCUGUUUGAAGGGGAAGAGGAGCAUUUGCAGCGCCAGCAAACGUUGCCUUUCCCCGUUUUACGACAGCCGCGUGAGGACGGCGCCUUCAAGCAGCCGUCCGAAGACGGCCACCGUCCCGGGGCACCGGGGAGCCUGAACCGAGCCGACAGACCCGCUCAGGAGCUCUACGUUGUGUUUAACGUCGUCCAAGAAAAUGGAAGCGUCGAGGCGAGCCGACAGCGACCGGAUGAGCCGCCUGACGACGGGGACCAGGUGAAGGGGAAGAAGGCGGAGUGCUCCCCGGCGGGCCACGGCGGCUCUAUGGAGGUCGGAAACGGCCGGAGUGCUGCUUUCUGCGAGUCUAACCACAGCCUGCUGUCGCCCAAACCGGACAGUUCUUUCCCCCCGCCGGCAGACAGCUCCGCCGGGGCCAAGGCCAAGCGCGCGGCCGGUCGCCACACGGUCGAAGACGUUGUUUUGACUAACAAAUAUGGCGAGAAGAUCUGCGGCCAGAUCUGUACCGAAAACGACGACGCGAAGCUGGCCAGGGAGCUGUCCACGCAGGGCCGAGGGGACGGGGGGCUCAUCCCGAAGACUGCAGACGUCGUGGAGGGCAUGGAGACGUCGGACUUCCCUCCGGAGUCCAGGGGCCAGCAGGACGGUGCUGCAGCCUGCCCCGUCCCCCCGGCCAGUGAAACCUUUUCCGGGACCAUUACAAUAAACAACCAGAGCAUCAUAGUGACCAUUGAGAACGGGAUACUGACUCUGGCCGCUUCACCAGAGGGAUACGUGCAGAAGGACAAUGACAUGGUCAGCUUGAAGGAGCAUCUGGGCAUGAAAGACCACGAGGAUAUUGUUCUUCUCAACUAUGACAGCGGAACUAAAUCCAUUGGGAAGAUCAGCACGCUGGCCGUGGCCAGCCCCAAACAGCAGGAGGAGUCCAGGCCCGGGUUGUCCGGCAGUGACCCGGAGCUGGCCCUGGUGGACGACUGCUCCCUGUCGGAGCUGGGCGCCUCGCUGGACCCGUGUGCCAUGGUGAAGCGGGAGGCGGGCGCGCUGUGCGCCGUGUCCGAGGCCGACCUGGCCUCUCCGUCCCCCAGGCCGGCCGUAGCGGACGCCGCCAGCGAGGAUCUGACCUCCGUGCCGCUCGCCAGGUCAAAGAAAGAGGCGCUGGCCACCUUUGCCUGCCCGGAGCCGGGCUGCUCCUGUGCGUUCGACUCCCGCCAGAAGCUCAAGGUUCACCUCCUGAACCACGCCGAGGACCCGCGGCCCUUCCAGUGCACGGUGGAGGGCUGCGGCUGGGCGUUCGCCACCUCCUACAAGCUGAAGCGCCACCUCCAGUCCCACGACAAGCAGCGGCCGCACACCUGCCACUUUGAAGGCUGCGGCCGCUGCUUCACCACCGUCUACAACCUGAAGGCCCACGUCAAAAUCCACGAGCAGGACAAUGCCUUCAUCUGCGAGAUCUGCAGCGAGAAGUUUCGCAGCGCUUCCAGACUCACCAGCCACCAGAGAGUCCACUUCGAGCCACAGAGGCCCCACAAGUGUGAAUUUCCAGGCUGUGAAAAGACCUUCAUCACCUUCAGCGCCCUGUUCUCCCACAACCGGACUCACUUCAGAGAAACGGGCCACUUCACAUGCACUUACCCGGGCUGUGACAAGACCUAUGAUAAGGCUUGUCGCCUCAAGAUACACACGCGGAGUCACACCGGUGAGAGACCAUUUGUUUGUGACUCAGAAGGUUGUGGCUGGUCCUUUACCAGCAUGUCGAAGUUACUUCGACAUAAAAGGAAACAUGAUGAUGACCGUCGCUUUAUCUGCACAGAGGAGGGUUGUGGGAAGUCCUUCACCAGGGCCGAGCACCUCAAGGGCCACAGCAUCACCCAUCUGGGCACCAAGCCGUUUCAGUGCCACGCAGAAGGCUGCAACGCCAAGUUUUCAGCACGCAGCAGCUUGUACAUACACUCCAAAAAGCAUAAGCAGGAUGCCAGCACCCUCAGGACGCGCUGCCCUGUGGCCAGCUGCUCCAAGUACUUCUUCUCCCGGAGCAGCCUCAAGAGUCACAUUCUGAAACACCACCACCUCAGCCCUGAUGCUCUUAGCCAGAUGGAAACCACACCCACCCUGACCCCCAGCAGCGAGCUCAUCAGCUCCAACCCCACGGCGGGGGCAGGGCCUUGUAUAGCUGGCGUUGACCAGCUGACCAACCUGGACCUCAGCUCCCUGUUCUCCACUGUGCCCGGGGGCCCCGCCCCCACUGCUGGCAUCGGGGUGGGAAUUUCUGUGGCAGGGAGCAGCUCCAACGGCCCCUUUGCGAUGGACCAUUCCCUGGUCAACCCAGGCAUUCUCACCAUUGACCCUUCUUCAGUGGGCACUACGCUGGUCACCAGCGCUGGCGCCACAUUGGCCAAAGCCUUGGACCCCCUUAUCAUGGCGUCCAGCACCGACACGGCCGCCCAGCAUGGCCUGGAGGGAACGGUCUGCGAUGUCCUGCCCCCACAGGGCACUCUCAAUCUGGACGACGUGCAGACGGUGACCCCGGAGGCCCUGGGCAGCCUCACGUCUCUCUCUAUUCAGGGUGCGGGGGCUCCUGGGGACCCCGCCCUGCAGCACCCGCUGCACUCUGCCGGUGCGCUGACCGUGGAGCCUGCAGCGUCCAUAGCUGCGGCCCCUGUUGCCGAGCUGCUGGCCUCGCCCUCUAAGGGGGGGGAGGGGGGGGGCCCGGCGGGCGCAGGGCCCCUGCUGGGCUGUGUGGAGGUGCUGGGCCGGCCAGACGGAGGGAAAGUCCUCACGCAGUUCGUUUUUCCCACUCACACCAACGGCUUCAGUCCACAGAAAGAACCGGAACUCAACGCAGGCAGCUUCCUGGAAUGUGUAGGCUCAGCGAGGACCGACUACAGGGCCAUCCAACUGGCCAAGAAGAAAAAGCAAAAAGGCUCUUCAGCUACAAUGGGGAUUCCAGGGCCAUGCCAGAGGAAGUCCAAAGGCUCAAAGGCCUCAGCGCCCCUGCCCUCUGCUGCUGCCCGCUACAGUGAUGGAGCCUCAGCUGCCGGGGGGCUCACGCUGCGAGACCCUGUCACCGGGGCCCAGUACGUCCAGAUCCAGCUGCUGCAGGUCAGGCUCACACACCCACACACAGCCUAA